AUGGCGUCCGAGGCGAGCCGCCUGUACACGCUCCAGAACAACCUCCUCGAUGGCAUGCCGAUGUCAUCCAAGCUCAUCGCUGGGCUCAGCGUGCUCUUCCUCUUCCUGAGCUUCCUCAUCUGGCUGACAUGGGACCGGUACACCUCCUCGUCGCCAUCUCGCCCAUUCAUGACGCCUCCAUAG